AUUUUUUGGUACCAAACCCGACCACACAGACCGCACACGGUUACGGGCUUGGAACCGUGGGGCAGAAGCUUCGAACCGUUACAGGGGGUCAGAUCGGAGCACUCUCCUCUGGCUGUGUGUGUGUGUGUGUGUGUGUGUGUGUUUUGGAAAACAAUGGACGAGCUGAAGGAUAUACUGCGCGAGUACGUGAAGCGGAACCAGCUACUGGAAAGCUCCAACGAGCUGCUGCGCGAGAAACUGCUGGAACAGGAAAAAUUGCGCAAAAUUUACAUCGACGAUUUGAGCAACAUGAAAACGUGCCUGGGCGGCCUGCAGGAUGCGCUCAUGAAGUGUCGCGCCAACAUUCUAAGCCACGAGAUGCUCGAAAGCUCAACCUUUGGAGGGCAGGGUGGCCACACCAAAUCCGCACAAGUACCGAACGACAACACAAUGGAGCUGGUCGCGUUGCAGGCACAGCUGGAGGUGUGCAAAAACGAUCUUGCCGAACAGCGGGCCGCUUACCAGGAGCUGCUGAUCGAGAAGAAUCGAAUAACGGGCGAGAUGCAGACGCUGCUGCAGAAGAACCAUCAGCUAUCGAUGAACCACGCACAAAACAGAGGAACUAUGGCCACCCACCAGCACAAGGUUCGCGCCACGCAGGUGGACAGCAUGAAACUGUACGGCACCUCGCCCGGGGGCUUUGAGCGGCAGAUCGAACCUUGCCCUCACUGUAACAAUGUGUUCGGAGAUUUCCUCACGCUCGAAACGCACAUCAAAGAUUGUCCCGGGCUCGACUACUAAAUCGAUAUCUCGCCCUCCACGCCCGCCCGUGUGUGUGUGUGUGUGAGUGGGGGGUAAACGUGAUAACGCGGCUAAGCCUUUGUUGGGUGUUAUUGUUUUUUUGUUUUUAUUUUGAGUGCGUUUUGUUUCUCGGCCAUUUGUUUUAUCGCUGUUUAACUGUGGACCAAUAAAUUACCAUUUUUCCGGGGCUCUC